AUGUCCAUCCAGAAGAUUCAUGCCCGGGAGAUCCUGGACUCCCGCGGUAACCCUACCGUGGAGGUAGACCUGUAUACCGCCAAAGGCCUCUUCCGUGCAGCAGUUCCCAGCGGUGCCUCCACUGGAAUCUACGAAGCUUUGGAACUGCGCGAUGGCGACAAGAGCCGCUACCUGGGAAAAGGUGUGGAGAAGGCCGUUAACCACAUCAACCAGACCAUUGUCCCAGCGCUCUUGGCAAAGAAAUUUAGCGUGGUGGACCAGGAGAAAAUUGACAAAUUCAUGAUUGAACUGGAUGGAACCGAGAACAAGUCUAAGUUUGGUGCCAACGCCAUCCUGGGAGUGUCUCUGGCAGUCUGCAAAGCCGGGGCAGCUGAGAAGGGCGUCCCGCUGUAUCGCCACAUUGCUGACUUGGCUGGAAACGCAGAGAUCAUCCUGCCUGUUCCGGCUUUCAAUGUGAUCAACGGCGGGUCCCAUGCCGGCAACAAGCUGGCCAUGCAGGAGUUCAUGAUCCUGCCCGUUGGCGCGUCCUCCUUCCGGGAGGCCAUGCGCAUUGGAGCCGAGGUCUACCAUAACCUCAAGAAUGUCAUCAAGGCCAAGUAUGGCAAGGACGCCACCAAUGUGGGAGAUGAGGGUGGCUUCGCCCCGAACAUCCUGGAGAACAAUGAAGCCCUUGAGCUCUUGAAGUGUGCCAUCGAGAAGGCCGGCUACCCUGACCAGAUCGUGAUUGGCAUGGACGUAGCUGCCUCAGAGUUCUACCGCAAUGGAAAGUACGAUCUGGACUUCAAGUCCCCCGACGACCCCAGCCGCCACAUCACUGGCGAGAAACUGGGAGACCUGUACAAGAGUUUCAUCAAGAACUAUCCAGUGGUGUCCAUUGAGGACCCCUUUGACCAGGAUGACUGGGAGACCUGGAAGAGCUUUCAAUCCCAGGUCGACAUCCAGAUUGUUGGGGACGACUUGACUGUCACCAACCCGAAGCGCAUCCAGAAGGCGGUGGAGCAGAAGGCCUGCAACUGCCUGUUGCUGAAGGUGAACCAGAUCGGCUCCGUCACCGAAUCCAUCCAGGCAUGCAAGCUGGCACAGGCCAAUGGCUGGGGUGUAAUGGUGAGCCAUCGCUCUGGUGAGACAGAGGAUACCUUCAUUGCUGACUUGGUGGUUGGGCUGUGCACUGGACAGAUUAAGACUGGUGCCCCCUGCAGAUCAGAGCGACUGUCCAAGUACAACCAGUUGAUGAGGAUUGAGGAAGAGCUGGGAAGCGCCGCGAUCUUCGCAGGACGUAAAUUCAGAAACCCCCGAGCCAAGUAA